CGACGGCGACUCCUCGGACCAAUUGGUUUCGAUAAUAGCAAAUGGUCGCUUAAUAACAGAUGAUUGAACGCGUUUCGCGGCGCAGCAUUUAUCUGUCAAAAGCGGUGGCAGCCGGCCGAUGAACGGUAAUGUGCCGCCGGCUGACGCGCGUCUGUUGAACUUUUAACCGGCGAGGUGUAUAAGACUUGAGAACGCGAUUCCGUUUUCUCGACGACGACGACGACAACGACGACAACGAGGACGCGGCGGCAAGUACGCGAGAGAGCGACAGAGAGAGCGUGACGCGCGAGUGAGCGUAGCGGGCGACCUUUGAAUAACCACGUUUAUUAUUAUGUGAUCGGUGAGCCGCGAGGCUACGACGUAAGGAAAACAGGAAGAGAGUCGAGAGAAAAUGCAGACCAACAUUUUCUGCUAUCUCAUCGUGGCGAUUCUCGCUGUUCUGUCGACGCUCGGCCGUGCAGGGAGCGACGAUGGAACGCAUUUAAAGCCGUGCGAUGUAUCGGCGCUCGGGAACGCGCAGUGCGGUAAGAAUGAAAGAUGUGUAAGCAGCAACAGCGAGAAAGCGCAAUGCGAGUGCCAGCGAACUUUUCAUUUAGUUAACGGGGAAUGUAUUAGAAUUACAUCUGCGGCGGCGAGUGUCAACGCUACCACCCUUAAGCCAGAUCAUAGAUCCGAGUCAGGAGGUAGCUCCGUAGCCGUCGGUCUGCUAAUACCAACCUUCCUCGUAGUAGUCGGUGCACUGCUAUAUUUCGGCGCGAGACGAUACAAAUGGCUGCAACGAUUUCGGCAGUAUCGUCACAAUCGUUACGGCAAUGUCCUAGUCACGAGAGACGACGACGACGAUGACGAUCCGCCGAUAGCGUAAAUAAAAAUAAAAAAAAAAAUAAAAAGAAUAAAAAU